AUUAAAAAAGAUGAACAUAACGUAUUAUGCCAUCUAGUGAUAAAAUAUCUAUUUCUUUUCUGAUUGAUGCGCGAAGAAUAUUGCGCUUGAUAUCGUUGUAUAGUUGGAUACGAGUCAUCAAAACGACUGAUUUUCUACAUAAGAUGCUUUGCGUAAAAUAUGUCAAGAAAAAUAAUACCACAAUUCUGUUUAAUAUAUUAUCAAAGGGUUGCUAUUCUCGACGUAGCAAUAAAAGCACAAACUCAUACAAAAUCGUUCAAGCAAAUAGUGAAAACUUGAAUGAUGUGGAUGGUGCUAUGCUUGGAAUAAAUUCUAAUUGGGAGCUUUUAACACCUAGAGGAUUCAGGUUUUAUUUACCGGGAAGCAUUGGUCCUGGUUGGUCAGAUGUAACCACAACUAUUCAAGUUAGAACGCAAUUAGUUGAUUUUCAUGACAAUGAUAAGCAGAUAUCGAUAGAUGAUUCUAAAGAAAAAUCUACUCCUCGAUCAAAUCGUUUGAAAGGGACUCAACAUUCAAUGCUUCGUUGUGUUGCACAAGAAUGUCCUUUACUGUUGAGAAAAGGUAUAGAGGAAUUAUUUCCUGGAUGUUUAGAUGUUGGUUCUCCACAACUUACUAUAAUUACUAUCAGUCAAUCAAUUAAUUUUAAAGUUAUGAAAUGGAAUAAAGAAAUAGAAACUGAGAAACUAGCUAAAUAUUUUGUAUUAGCAGCUUCGGAUAUUUGCGCAAAAUUAAGGAGAAUGGGUUAUUGGGCAGAUUUCAUCAAUCCAUUUAGUGGACAACCACAUUUAAAUUUACAAAAAAAUAAUACUCUUUACAAAACGGAUGAGCGAUUUCGAUGUUUAGGAUUUAAAAUAUUACAUAGAAACAAUUGUAAAGUUAUUUUAUAUGAUAAUAACGCAAAGAAUUUUUUGGUUCAAAACGGUCAUGGCACCGUUGUGUAUAUUACAGGAAAUCUCUACACCACAGCGCCUGCGAGUACAGAAUUUUUAAAAGAAAUUCUGUACGAUUGCGAGCUUGUAAAUGUUAACGAAGCUUAAUAAAAAUAAAAUGAAAGGGAACAAGGGGAAACAGAGUAUUGUUAUAAUAUAUAUUUUAACAUAUGUUACAUGUGUCACUGAAAUAUUUCAAUCUUUAAAUUAAGUUAUUAUAUAAUUGUAAAAAAAAUUUUCAUUCGAAAUCGAAUGUAAAAUGCUUUUUUUUUCGAUAUAUAUUUUUUUGAGUAUA